CUCUCUCUGUCGCCUCCAGCCACAGCAGGAACGCAGCAUCCACCAUGUCCUCUUUCACCCGCUCUUACUCGCACUCCCUCAGGUCCUCCGUGGGGGGCACCUCCAUGAGGUCCGGCAGUGUGUACGGUGGGGCCGGAGGCUCCGGAGUGCGCAUCUCCUCCUCCUCCUCCAUGGGUGGAGGGCUUGGUGCCAGCCACGGCGGUGCUUACUCGUCCUCCAUCAGCUACAGCAUGUCCGGCAUGGAUGAAAGUCUGAUCGGCAACGAGAAGUUCACCAUGCAGAACCUGAACGACCGCCUGGCCUCCUACCUGGAGAAGGUGCGCAAGCUGGAGAAAUCCAACGCCGAGCUGGAGCUGAAGAUCAGGCAGUUUGUGGACAGCAAGGUCGGCCCGGCCACCCGAGACUACAGCGCCUUCUUCGUCACCAUCAGCGACAUCACUGCGAAGAUUCAGGCUGCGACCAAAGUGAAUGGAGCCAUCCACCUGAGCCUCGACAACGCCCACCUGGCUGCAGACGACUUCAGGACAAAGUAUGAGAACGAGCUCGCCAUGCGUCAGUCGGUGGAGGCCGACAUCAUCGGGCUCAAGAGGGUCCUGGAUGAGCUGACUCUGGCUAAGAGCGACCUGGAGAUGCAGGUCGAGGGCCUGAAGGAGGAGCUGAUCUUCCUCAAGAAGAACCACGAGGAGGAGCUGCUGGCCAUGCGGACACAGAUGAGCGGUCAGGUCCACGUGGAGGUGGACGCUGCUCCUCAGCAGGACCUCACCAAGGUCAUGGCUGAGAUCCGAGAGCACUACGAGGGCAUCGCUGCCAAAAGCCAGAAGGAGCUCCAGUCCUGGUUCCAGAGCAAGACAGAGGCUCUGAACAAAGAGGUGAUCACUCAGACCACCUCGCUGCAGACAUCCAGGUCAGAGGUCACCGAGGUGAAGCGCACGCUGCAGUCUCUGGAGAUCGAGCUGCAGUCCAUGUUGGGCAUGAAAGCAUCCCUGGAGGCGACUCUGGCUGAGACACAGAACCGCUACUCCGUGCAGCUCUCAGGGUACCAGAUGCAGGUGAGGUCGCUGGAGGAGCAGUUGACACAGCUUAGGGCCGACCUCGAGCGGCAGGGGCACGAGUACCAGGUGCUGCUGGACAUCAAGACCAGGCUGGAGAUGGAGAUCGCCGAGUACAGGAGGCUGCUGGACGGAGAGACCGCCAGCAGCACCAGCACCAGCACCACAUCCUCCACGAGCACCACAACCAAGCGGGUGGUGACAGUGGUGGAGGAGGUGGUUGAUGGGAAGGUGGUCUCCUCCUCCUCCAAGACCUCCUCCAUCGUGACCUCCUCCUGAGCCACUGCCGACAGCCAAUCAGGAUCAGCGUUUCCUCCAUGGGUGCUGAAAAUAAAACAUGAGUCCAGAUAAAAA